AUGUAUUACUACUUAGCAAUUGUUGCAUUUGUUAGCUACUUUCUGUAUAAAUGUUUUAUUCAUCCUUUAUAUUUGUCGCCAUUAAGCAAAAUUCCUGGCCCACCUGUUUAUAAUAUACUUCUUGGACAUCUUUUCUCUUUAUUAAAAGACCCUUCUAAAGCCCUUUUUCACUUAUCAAAACAAUAUGGUAGAAUAUUUAGAUUUCAUGCCUUAUUUAAUAAACCACAUGUGUUAAUUUCCGAUCCACAACUCAUUAAAACAAUAUUUAUUAGUCGUGUGUAUGAUUUUCCGAGAUACGAUAUUAUUAAUCCUACAUACGAGGAUUUAAUUGGUGAUGGCAUUAUACUUGCUGACGGAGAUUCUCAUAAACGACAAAGAAAAGUAAUAUCUCUUAUAUUUUCUUUUGUCCAUAUUAAGGAAAUGACUCCAACAUUCAUUCAAGCUGGACAUAAUUUAAAAGCUAUCUGGAUGAAAGAAAUUGGUAAUAAGAGAGAGGAAAGAAUUACGAUUUCAGAUACAAUUGCAGAUAUAACAUUGGAUGUUAUUGGCCUUGUUGGCAAAAAAUUGCCAACGGAUGAUAACAAUAAAUUUUAUGAUGCUGUUAACACUAUCAAUAAUGUUUCCGAGAAAUUACUUGCUGAUCAAAAAAAUAGUCCUGUUCAAGGAACAGAUUUAUUGUCAUUAUUGGUAAAAGCAAAUUAUCAAUUACCCGUUAAUGAACAAUUAACUCAUCGUGAAAUAGUUAGUUCGGUUAUGACAUUCCUUAUGGCUGGACACGAUACCUCCACUGUUGUAUUAGCUUGGGCAUUAUACUUUCUAGCAAAACAUCCUGAUUUUCAAGAUCGUCUUCGCAAAGAACUACUUGAUAUAUUUCCCGAUCGUGAUUAUCAUCCAACUUUUGAUCAAAUUGAACAAUUGAAAUUUUUAGAUUGUACCGUUAAGGAAGUUUUAAGAUUCUUUCCGCCUGUUCCUAUACUCGCUCGUGUUAAUAAAAAAGAUGAAAUGUUUAAUGGUUACUUUAUUCCAAAGAAUUCACCAUUGAUUAUCUCCGUCUACGCAGUCCAUCAUGAUCCCUCAAUUUGGGGUGAUGAUGUUGAAUAUUUUAACCCAUCUCG